UCUCGUCGUCUCUCUCUCUCUCUCUUUAUCUCCAACUUCUUUGUCUCUCAAUACCUCCUCCAUUUUGAUCAGUUGUGUAUGUGAUAGAACUAUAAAUGGCACCAAUAGCUCUACCACCCGGUUUUCGCUUCCAUCCGACAGAUGAAGAACUUGUCGUGUACUAUCUCGAUCGUAAGAUCAACAAUCAAACAAUCGAACUCGAAAUAAUUCCUGAAGUCGAUCUCUACAAGUGUGAACCUUGGGACUUACCUGAUAAGUCUUACUUGCCAAGCAAGGAUAUGGAAUGGUACUUCUUUAGCCCAAGAGAUAGAAAAUAUCCAAAUGGAUCAAGAACUAAUAGAGCGACUCGAGCUGGUUACUGGAAAGCGACAGGAAAGGAUCGAAAAAUAAACUCUCAUAAGCGUGCUGUCGGAAUGAAGAAGACGUUGGUAUAUUAUAGAGGUCGUGCUCCUCACGGAAUUCGUACGAAUUGGGUCAUGCAUGAAUAUCGGUUGGUCGACUCCAUCUUCGAUGAUACUGAAGCUAUUGCAUCUUUGAAGGAUGCGUACGCCUUAUGUCGUGUACUGAAGAAAACUACUCAUUUGCCUAAAGCAAGAGAAGGAGAUGAUGACCGAAGUGGGUUUUGUUCACACCAUGAUCCAGUUUGGACCUCCAAUAACAAAAUUAAUGCAAGCAGUACUCGUGAGCAAGAAUAUUCACAAUUUCCUUCUGAUACUACUUCAACGUCUGAAAUCACAGAAGGAACACCUAUAGAUGGUAGCAGAAUAGAUGAUCAGACUAGUAUGCCAUCCAACAAUAAAGACGAAGCAAAUAGCUCAAUGAGUGCAAGCCCUAAUAUCUCGUCCAUGGAGUUCUCAUAUAAGCCUACUAUUCAUGAGGAUACUUCGGCAAUGCCAAACGUUUCAAGGGUACAACAACAACUUUCAUAUCCACCCUUGGCAUUAGAAGAUUUCCCAUUCAUGGAUACAGUAACAGAAGCUAACAAGGAAUUAUCAUCAUCAACAACGUCUCAAGCGGUAGAAGAAUACAUAUUGUGCGAUAAGCAUAGGAACAAUUAUUUUUCGGAAUCAAAUUUGCUAGAUGAGAUUUUCUUCGGAUCAUAUCUUCUAUCAGGAUGAUUGUUAAUAGAAGAUUGAUAAACAAAUAGUUUAUUUGAUCAGCAUUUAUUUUGUCGCUCAUCUGAUUUUGUCAACUGGCUAGACGAAGAAAAUUGGCGGUGAAAUUGAAGGUUAUUUUGUAUACGACAAUUUUUGAUUUAAAAAAGUGAUGAGAAUUGUGUUUAGCUCACGAAUUUUUUUUAAGUAGAAUUUGGGUUACAGGACUACUGUUGUUGACCGUCUAUAUAUUAUGAAAUAAUUAUAUUUUAAAAUUAAAUUUUAUGCACUUAAAACUGUUAGUUGUCG